AAAAAAAAGUCUUUAAGCGUUGAGUUUUUUUUUCACUCUCUCUCUUUGUUUCUUUCUUUGCCCCUACCUAUAUCCGCCGUCUCGAAACCACAGAAAAUCCGUUUUUUAGUUUUUUUUUUCCAGCUAGCUAAGUGAUGUCGUCACAUAUCUAAUGUGGUCGGUCACUACUUCAAUGAAGACAGAGGAGGAGGAGCUUUUCUAGUUCUUUCUUCCUUGUAAAGUUUUUUUCCCUUUUUGAAAUUGAAACAAAGUUUACUUGGCAGAGAGCUUGAUCAGGAAAGCUUAAACAAUGCCGUUGACGAGGUACCAGUCUCGUAACGAGUACGGAUUAGCAGAUCCGGAUCUGUACCAAGCUGCUGAUAAAGAUGACCCCGAAGCUCUGCUUGAAGGUGUCGCCAUGGCUGGUCUCGUUGGUAUAUUGCGUCAACUCGGUGAUCUCGCCGAGUUUGCUGCUGAGAUGUUUCAUGACUUGCACGAAGAAGUAAUGGCAACUGCUUCUAGAAGCCAUGGUCUAAUGGCUCGUGUACAGCAACUGGAAGCAGAGUUCCCUUCUAUAGAGAAGGCAUUACUAUGUCAGACCGAUCAUUCACCUUUUUUCUCUUAUAAAGGUGUGGAAUGGCAUCCGAAUCUACAAUUGGAACAGAGUGUGGUUACACGUGGUGACUUACCCCGUUGUGUUAUGGAUUCUUAUGAGGAAUGCAGAGGUCCCCCAAGGCUAUUUCUUUUGGACAAAUUUGAUAUCUCGGGAGCUGGAGCAUGCUUGAAACGCUACACCGAUCCAUCAUUUGUUAGGCUCGAAACGUCUUCAUAUGAAGAAUCAUGGGAUGAUAUUCAGAAAGAGAAGAAAUCACAGAAAGCAAAGAGAAGAGCUACUCAAUGGAGGAAUGGAGGAACACCUGAAAAUGCACUAUCAUCACAUGCCAAAUUGCAUGAAUUGUUUUUGGAGGAGCAUUUAGAGACUCAUCAUUUAGACCCAGCGCGCGUUGUGAAGUUGAAAACUAGAAAGCUAGAUGGGUGUACCCUUAUUUCAAAAUCAGGGGAAAGCUACAUGGAGAAAUUUGUGCAGACACGUGUAGAUAGUAAAAUAAGUUAUGAAAUAAUCACCCAAAACCCCGGAUUGUUGACAUGGAAUAUGGAUAGUACUAGAGACAUAGUAACCGAUAUACCUGAAAUCAGUAUGGUGGAUGCUAUGGAGAAGUCUCACGGAGGAAGCAGCGCAGAGGUUUCAUUACCAAGUGAGCAGGAAAAUGUGACAAAUGGUAACUUAAAUAGGGGUUUGAUUGAAAAAGAUAUAGAGACAGUGCCUGAAUCUACUUCUUACAAUGAAGUCCAUGGUACAACUUUUACAAAGGAUUCACAAACUAAUUUGAACGAGAAGCCAGGAUUAUUUCAACAGAGGAGUUAUUCUGAAGAUUUGACCAGUGAUGCUGACAAUUAUGUUGACGCACCAGCGACCAUGGAGUCGGAAACAGAAACAGACGAUGAGUAUAGAACUAAGAACAGAUCAGAUGCUUUGAAGGAUGAGAACCAUCAUACAUAUUCUGAUGCGGAUGAAGAGAGGAUGGAGGACCCACCUCAAUUUUCAUUUUUUCAUUCAAAUGGAAACACACCUGUGUCAGAAAAUGGGAGAAGCUCAUUCGGGAAACGGAGCACUAGUUAUUCUUACUCGGACACUGCAAGCGUAUCCAUCGAUGAUCAGUCUGAUGGAGAGAAACUUUCUGGAUGUUUACCUUCUACUUCUAGUUUUAAGAGUGAGCUGCAUGUAACUCCUGAAGCCAGCAAAGUGUCUAAUGAUUAUAAUGUUCAUGAAUCAGUUAGUAGUAGCAAUGUAGAUGGCCAGACAUCAUUAAGAUCGAAUGAUACAUGUUCAAGUCCAAGGCCAGUCUCUCAGAAUGAUGAAUCAUGUCCACGGACUGUUCAAUCGUUAGCACCAGUAGACAUUGGAAAUUCUCCAGAACUUGAUAGGCUUGAUCUAAUUAACGGAGGCAAUGAUGUAAGCAAGGUGGAUCCAAUCGAUUGUUCUAGAUCCCGUGCAUCUUUUGAUGCUAAAAACUCUAACUUCCCUUCUGAAUCUUCGUCAAUUAGUUCAACUUCUGAGGGAAGCAGAUGCUAUACUACCAUUGAGAAGAACGAUAUGGUUGAUUGUUCUUCAGAUUUAGUAAAGUCAGCCACUAGUCCUCAAGUUUUUGUUGAUAUCCAAACAGGUGAACAGUUACGUAGCGGUGAUAAUGAUAUUGAGACAAACUCUACCGUUGCUUGGUCUAAAGUUGUAGCAAACUCAGGUAGCGAUCCUGAAGGCCAUGAUGGUAGUAGCCUAGCAGGGAAGCUGUUACCUUGCUCAGCUGGGAAGGGGAUGGAAGUUUCACCUGAUAUUCCCGAUAAAGUCUGUGGUCCAAGUACAGUAGAUGAAAUUCAUUUAAAAAAUGCUCUGGGUGAUGAAACUGAUUGUGUAACAGUGACUAAUGUAGUGGCCGACGUUGAUUCUGAAAAUUUAGUAACCGACGUAAAUUCUCAAAAUUCAGUUGAUUCUCAGACUCCAGUUGCUGAUGUUGGUUCUCAAAAUUCAGUUGCUGAGAUCUCCAAUGAACAUUCAGGUGCAUUUGGCAACACGGCUGGUGUAUCUGUUUCAGAGUCCCAUGAAGACACACUAGAGAAUGGAAUGUCCAUGCCUGCUGAAGUCAAUAGUAAGCUGACUUUUGAUUUUAACUCGGGAGGAGAGAAAUUGGGGGGAGAUGCUUCAUCUGCUUGUAGCAAAAGCGAUGAACAUAUCUCUGAUGAAGGUUUUCAUGACCUUUCAGGGCUGGACAAUGCAACUACAGACAUUGUCCCGAACAUAGAGCUUGAUGUAUCUGAUAAUGACAGUGACACUUCCAGUGGUGGUGUUAACCAUGCCGUUAGCCUGUCAUCUACUAGUUUGAAUGGUUCUCUACCUUGGAUUCCGAUUAAUACUUAUCGAUCGUCUCCUAAAGCUGGAGAGAUUUGCCAAGACACAGUAGUAGAGUCUGAUGGGACACUACCAGCAGAGGAUAAUCUAGAGUCAGAGAUAAAAAUGCAGAAAAGCCCACAGGAAGUGUCCUCAGAAGGUCUGAAUACUUCCCUAGACAACAAUGACCUGGCAAGUUGUGAAUCUAUAAGUCCCAAGCCAUCUCAGGAUCAAAGGCACAGAGACACAGAAACCAGUUAUCCUGGUGAGAGCAUUCUUGUUGAUAAUUGUAUAGAUUCCUCGCCAGUGAAUAAUCUGAACCUCAUAGAGAGUGAGGCUCUCGAGCAGACAGUUAGAGAGCAAACACCUUGUGCAAGCCAUACAGUUCCAGAUGAGGAAUUUCUGCAGUCAAAUGUUUUCGGAGGUUUAGAGUUUGUACCACAAUCAGCUGGCUUAGAUUUUGCACCCCAAUCUGCAGGUAUAGAAUUGAACAGACCUAACCAAGAACUGAAUCUGGAUCCUACUUUUCCUAGCUUUGGCUUGAUCCCUGAGACUACUCCACCCAAUCAGGAGGACAUGCCACCGCUGCCACCCCUUCCUCCUAUGCAAUGGCGUAUUGGGAAGGUUCCACAUUCUUUUCCUACCUUCAUGGGGGAAUCAGUCGAAACCAGUAGUUCUGUUCUAUCAGCGGCACCACCCAGUGAUUUUAGCUUGGACGUUCAAAUUGGGUCUAAAUCACCAGAGAUGUCUGUAUCCUUAGGAAGUGACGAAUCAGAACAACUUCCUGGAGGGUUUGUGAACAAUGCAUCAGAAACGCCGUUGCAAUCAUCCAUUCAGUUCCCAACCAUUGACGCUGAUUCGAAUAGUCAGUAUGACAGUCCUGAGCUCCCUACAAUGCCUAAUCAGGGAUGUAUAGAGGAUUUUGGUUCUGAAGUGAACAAUCUUUUGGCUGAUAAUGCAGUUCAGAACCACGAGCUCGUUUAUUCACAAGAGCCGUCAUUGCAGCAGCCUCAGGAUCUAUCGGCAAAAUACGAAGAUCUCAAGGACGAUACAGAUUUCGUUUAUUCACAAGAGCCGUCAUUGCAGCAGCCUCAGGAUCUAUCGGCAAAAUACGAAGAUCUCAAGGACGAUACAGAUUUCGUUUAUUCACAAGAGCCGUCAUUGCAGCAGCCUCAGGAUCUAUCGGCAAAAUACGAAGAUCUCAAGGACGAUACAGAUUUCGUUUAUUCACAAGAGCCGUCACUGCAGCUGCCUCAAGAUCUAUCGGCAGAUUUGAAGGACGAUACAGAUGUGCUUGUGUCACUAAGCUCAACCGAUGAUCACCAUUGUCCUGAAACCAAAUCCCUGACACCAACUCAAUCAACAAAGGUAGAAGAUGAGAGUCAUUGUGUUCCUGAUGCUUCAAAUGCAGAUACAGCAGAACCAUCAAACACGUCAGUUCAGAAGAUAAUUCCUGGUGCAGCGGGAGAUGCUAUGUGGCCUGUCAACGCGUUCUCUGUUGCACCUACCUUGGACACAGAUAAGCCAGAAGUGGUCCCUACGGUUCGGCUUCCUCGGCCAAGAAGUCCGCUUGUUGAUGCCGUUGCAGCUCAUGACAGACGCACGAUGAAGAAAGUCUCUGAGAUGGUCCACCCACCAAUUAAAUCAAAGCAAGAUGACAAAGAUUCGUUGCUCGCGCAAAUUCGAAAUAAGUCCGUCAAUCUGAAGCCUGCAGCAGCUACACGACCCAGCAUCCAAACUGGUCCUAAAACGAAUAUAAGGGUAGCUGCAAUCUUAGAGAAAGCAAACACAAUACGCCAGGCAAUGGCUGGAAGCGACGAGGACGAAGAUUCAGAUAGUUGGAGUGACUCUUAACUUAAAUCCAUGAUCGUUUGGCUUUUCCGUUGUGUCCGUUCUUGUUCCACGAUGAGUGCGCAAGCGCUUAGAGUCUCAGGUAGGUUAUACAAUUUCUAUUUCAGACAUAUUAACAUAAAAAAAAUACAGUACUAUCAUCUCUUAUAUAUCAUGUAUGUAUGUAUAUUGUAUACUGUUUUAUAGGUUUGUGCGUGUAUGUUGUAAGUAAAUUCCGGAAUUUACAGUAGUGUUACAAAAACUUUGUGGGGUUUUAUUUUCUUAUAUAUUCUUUUUCCUCAAUAGAACAUUCUUUUUAGUGCCC